CUGGCUGUGGGCAGUGCCGUCUUCGAUGCGAUGUUUAAUGGUGGAAUGGCCACAACUUCGACAGAGAUUGAACUGCCUGACGUGGAGCCUGCUGCCUUCCUCGCUCUGCUAAAAUUCCUUUAUUCAGAUGAAGUUCAGAUCGGACCAGAGACUGUUAUGACAACACUUUACACAGCUAAAAAAUAUGCAGUUCCAGCCCUUGAAGCUCACUGCGUGGAAUUCCUUAAAAAAAACCUCCGAGCAGACAACGCGUUCAUGCUGUUAACACAGGCGAGACUUUUUGAUGAGCCGCAGCUGGCCAGCCUGUGCCUGGAGAACAUCGACAAGAACACGUCGGACGCCAUCAAUGCGGAGGGGUUUACGGACAUUGAUCUGGAUACCCUGGUUGCGGUGCUGGAGAGGGACACCCUGGGGAUCCGGGAGGUUCGUUUGUUUAAUGCAGUGGUUCGCUGGUCAGAGGCUGAGUGUCAACGGCAGCAACUUCAGGUGAUUCCAGAGAACAAGCGGAAAGUACUGGGCAAAGCGCUUUCUCUUAUCCGCUUCCCAUUGAUGACUAUUGAGGAGUUUGCAGCAGGGCCUGCCCAGUCGGGGAUCCUGACGGACCGGGAGGUGGUGAGCCUGUUCCUCCACUUCACGGUGAACCCCAAGCCGCGGGUGGAGUUCAUCGACAGACCGCGCUGCUGCCUGCGAGGGAAGGAGUGCAGCAUCAGCCGAUUCCAGCAGGUGGAAAGCCGCUGGGGGUACAGUGGGACUAGUGACAGGAUAAG